CUUGGUUUUUUCUUUGAUCCUUCGCUCCCAAUUCUUUGGCUUUGAGCCCUUCCCUCCACCCAUUCUUUUUGUCGCCUUUCACUCUUGCUCUACUUGUUCGUGCUCUUCCUCAGAAACCAUGGGCGGUUCGUCGUCCAAGCACGGCGUCGAGCCCGGGCGCACGCUCGUCACUCAGGACGUUGCAGCGCGGCGGCUGUGGACCAUCUCGGAGGCCUGCGCAGAGGGCGACGCCGCCUCGAUCAUUGUCUCGGGUGGCGCAUCUCGCAGUCUUCAUGACAGAGACGGCUCUGGCUCCGGGCUGUCGGACGCCGCAAAGCCGUCUCCGAUCGGGUCGUCUUCCUCUGCUGUGAUGACGACGACGAAUCCUGCCUCGGCAGCGGCCAACGCGACGGAUGUCGAUCCCUCGUCAGCCGUGCCAGUGACGCUGUUUGUGCACAGCAUCAACCCGCGCGAUCCGCCUGCGAUCAAGGCGGCCGUCCAAAACCACUUGCAUAAACUGAAAAUUCUAAGACACCCAUCCAUCAUCAAAUUUGUCCAGUCGGAAACCACCGACGACGAGAUUCGGUUGGUGACGGAGCCCGUCGUGCCACUCGCCCAGGUUCUCGCGACGCUGUCCGUCGACGAGAUUGUCGUUGGGCUGUAUCGUGUCCUCAAGGCGCUGAUUUUCCUGCACGAUCAGUGCUCGAUGGCGCAUAACAACCUGUCUGAGAGUGCAAUCUUUGUCAGCUCCAUGGACGGCGGCUGGCGCCUCGGUAGCCUCGAGUUUGCAGUUCCCUUUCCGAGCGCUACCAAAGCCUAUCUCGACAGCACGCGGCCGUUUCGUGCCAAACGCAGCGUUCCGCCAGAAGAGACGCAGCCAAACUUUGAGGCGCCACUUUCAAUACACGUGCCCUACGCUACAGACAGCUAUGGAUUUGCAACCCUUGUUGCUGAAGUGUUGUCCGUGACCUCAUCAUCCGACCACGGCGAUUCCCUAUCACCCUCGGCGGCACAAAUGGUGGAGGACUGUGCAGCCGAGUUUACUGUCGCGGACGACUGCCGAAAGCCCCUCUCAGUGGCCGAGGAGUUCUCCUUCUUCCGUGAGAAUAAUCUGCUGGUGAUGCUCAGAGUCCUAACCAACCUCGCCGUCGAGCCCCACGAGACCAAGCUCGAGUUUUUCGAAACAUUGCAUCUCCGCGCUGCGCAGCUGGACGAGGGCAUCUUUCUCAGGUUGAUUUUGCCACACCUUGUUAGCCGUCGGACACUCAUGGACCCCUGCGUGCUUUCAUGCCUUCCGCAUCUGUUAACGCCACGCAAGCCUGACUUCCGGGAAGAAGUGGCUGUUGUGGUGAAUGGCAAGCAACUCACCGUGUCGCCAUUGAUUGACGAGCCGACCUUUGUGGCAAAGAUUCUGCCCCGCAUCACGCCUCUCUUUGCCCUUCGCGAAGUGGAAAUCUGGGGCAUGUUGAUGGCACACUUGCAUCUGUUUGCACAUUUGAUGGAUGUUACUUCCCUGCAACAGGUCGUUUUGCCUCCGAUGGUGGCUGCGUUAUCCGAUUCAAGCGACAACGUCGUGAGCUCCACCCUUUCAGCCCUAGUUCAUCUCGUGCCGCUCCUGAAGGGCCAGUCUGUGAUUCCAGCACUUGGUCCGCGCUCUGCCAUAUUCCGACAGCGAGUAUCACGGCCGAGCGACGGUCAGACGAAGCCUCAAGGACACCUCUUUUUCGCCUCUCUCCCAUCCGUCAAAGCUGCCAGAGAAUCUCGCGAGAGCCAGCGAGCAAACCGGCCACCAGCUGCCGCAAGUGUCGCCGGCUGGGACGACUUUGAAUCUGUCGCUUUUGAUGACGAUGACUCUACAAACCAAGCUGCCAGCACGCAAGUCCCGGCUCAGCCGACUCAAGUAGACCUCGAGAUGGAAGAACAACGAGCUGCGCAGCUGGAAAUCGAACGUGUGAAACGGAAGGAGCGAAUGGCUGAGAAGCAGGCUCAAAUGAAACUUCGAGCAGAAUCAAGGCGGAAGGCGCGAGAAAGCGGGCAUCAUCCUGCUUCGCUCGACGAAGCCGAACCCGCGUCUGCACCAUUGAAUGGCCAUCGCGUUGAGAAUGGCUCGUCUGUUAUUGUCAGCCCCACCAUUGACCUCAGUCACACUGCGGGAGAUGCACAGAGCGACGACGAAGUGUACGAAGACAUGGACAGCGCGCCAGUCUCCUCGGUUGGUUUGUCCCCUUCACCUGGUGCUUCCGAAAUGACAAGCUCCAAGACGCCCAGUCGACAAUUGUCAGCCACACCGCAGGCCAGUCCGGUGCCGGUGGCUUCUCCCUCUGGCGGAAUGCGCCUCGGCCGUAGCAGUGCCGAGCCACCUCGCAGCGCUGUCCCUGCCGAAGGCGUGCCGACAAAUCCGCCUGGAGCGAGUGUGGCUCACUCGCAUGGGAACAAGCUCGCGACUCACAAUGGCUUGGAUGGCUCUGCACCUGCAACCGGCACACCCUCCAAGCCAGAGCCGGCCAAGAAAGAGUUUGACUUUUUCGCUGACAUGGAGCCCGUCUACACUGCGCCGGUUUUGGUGAACGCCACAGCCAAAGCGCUGCUCGGUAGUGGCACGUCGUCCUUCGUCUCGCAAAGUGUUCCGACGUCUUCGACAUCUGUGCCGUUUUCUGGAUCCUUCCUUGAGAUGCAAACCAAUCAAAAUCCUGCGUCGAGUGUGAAUGAUGCUGCUGUAUUGCAAACGUCGUUUGCAGUCCCGUCUCCAUCGACAGCUGCUGUGGCUUCGAGCGACCAUGGAAGCGAGCAAUGGAGUUCAUCAUCGAUUUCUGUUCAGUCCCGAGAGGACGAUUUCGUGGCAUCCCCAUCGCCAACACUGAUUUCGGCCGGCUCGUCCCUGCUAGUUGCCGCUCAAGAUGAUGCUGACGCGAGCGAGGACGGCUGGGGCUGGGAGUAGCCUUUAUCUCCAAGAUUCCCAUUGUUCAUUUUCGACCAAGUUUUCCACCUUUCGCCUUUUUUUUUUUUUUUUUUAUUAAAGUCUUUAUCUCAG